GACCAUCAAACAGUGAAGGAGCUGGCAAAGUCAGCCUCUUGAAGAAAGUACCAGCACUAAAGGAUGGAGACUUCACCCUAGCAGAAUGCACUGCCAUUCUGCUGUAUCUGAGUCGAAAGUAUAACACUCCCGACCACUGGUACCCAUCAGACAUACGAAAACGGGCCCAGGUAGAUGAAUACCUCUCAUGGCAUCAUGCUAACAUCCGGGCUAAUGCUCCUAAGACCAUGUGGAUCAAGGUGCUGAUUCCCCUCUUCACAGGGCAGCCACUGCCCUCCGAGAAGCUCCAGGAGGUUAUGGAGGGGCUGUCCACUUCCCUGAAGCAAUUUGAGGAGAGGUUUCUGCAGGACAAGGCUUUUAUCAUCGGGAGCGAGAUCUCUCUGGCGGAUCUUGUGGCCAUUGUGGAACUGAUGCAACCUGUUGGAGUUGGUUGCGACAUCUUUGAAGACAGACCAAGGCUGAUGGAGUGGCGCAGGCGGGUGGAGGAUGCUGUGGGGAAAGAGCUUUUCUUCCAAGCCCAUGAGAUGAUCCUCAAUAUCAAAGAACUGAGCAACAUUCAAAUUGAUCCACAGCUGAAAGAGCAUCUGGCACCUGUGUUGAUGAAGAUGUUGAAAUGAAUUAACCUAUAUAACGAUUUUCCCUGCCCUUUUUUUUUUUUUAACUUCUCUGACUUCCAGUUCUACAUGUAACUGGAAAGAACACUAAUUCUAACACAGAAAUUGCAGCGUCUUUCCCCCCUGCCAGGCCUUUCCUGUAUCUUUGGGGGUGGAAGCUGGGGAAGGUUUAAGGCCUGAAACAUUAAAUUUAAACAAAAGGCUGAGGCCCUACAGAUCACUUAACAUGUGUAUCUGGGUUUUAUU